AUGUCGGCAGCUGGAAAGAGACUGAAAGAAGAGGGGCGGACAGCCUCCGUCUUCAUAUGCCAUGCCAAACGGCACGUCGAGAAGAGGACUCCGCUGAUCAUCAUUGAAAACACGAAGUUCCUCCGCAUACAGAUGCUGCGGGCCAUGUUCGGGGAGCACUACACGCUGCACAUCCUUCACUGCAGCACUGAAGCAGUGGGCCAUGCCGGCGCCAAACGUGACAGAGUGUACGUCAUCCUUGCACACAAACAGCAGACAAGCCUGCAGCACAACCCCCAGGAUCUCUACGACAACAUUGCACAGGCGAUUGCUACCAGAGUCGCAACAUCGCCGAAGGACUACUUUGUGGCAACCAACACAGACAUCCACCUGCACAUGGAUGCCAUCUGUCGGAAACGGAAGCGGCAUCUGACAGCUGCUGCCGUGGACAAGCUGCGCCGAGAUGCCAGCCACGUGGACUGCAGUUUCAUCCUGAACGCCAGGGAAAAGAAAGUGGUUGCAGAACUCGACAAGGAGUACCGGAAGCGGUACAAUGCCGACCCCAACCUGGACGCCAACCUCGUCUACCAUUUGGGGGACAGCGCGGCAUAUCGAACCUGGUCUGCGCCCUCAAAUUCCGUGCCCACCUUGAAGCGUAGCUCUGGGCUCCUGUGGUCGCCGAAGCGGAAGCGGUGCAUGACGAGCCGCGAGCUCCUAGCGACAUUGGGCUUCCCGGUCACCAAGGCUACAGCACGUGCAAUGAUGGUGCCAGAGCUUCCCAUCCUAGACUCCAACAGAGCUUCUAGGAUUGCCGGCAAUGCCAUGCACUGGUCCAGUGUAGGAGUGGUGCAGCUUGUAGCGUUAUCUUGUUUCCGCCCAGCAUCAAUCAUGGGUCCGCGCUCGAACAAGCGGGGAGCGCCCGAAGAGGACACCGCUCCAGAGCAGGUGGCACCCUCAACACGCAUGCGCAAAGCAGGGCCCAAAAUUCGGUGGCCAGGCGGCGUGGAUCCUGGUCUGGACCCGGAAGACGACGCCGACAAGCCUCCAGCUGGUAGGAAGGGCACCAAGCCCGCUUACAAGUCAGCCCCAAAGAAAACCUCCAAGCGCUUCGACCCGGAGCCGGAGGAGGAUGACGAGGCAGAUGAUGACGAGCAACCGGAGAAACCUUCCAAGGUCCCCAAAAAAGCCAAGGCAGCUCCCAAGAAAAUCCCCAAGCGAGCCGCUGCGGAGACAGAAGAUGAUGAUGAUGAGGAGGAGGAGGAGGCAACCCCGAAGAAAAAGCCCAAAGCCAGUGCGAAGACGAAGGCUGCAGCGGAGCCCAAGCGGAAAGCAGCACCCAAUUGCCAUUUUGCAGAUUGGCUAGCAGAAAUCGAGCCGAUCCUCCUCAACAAAUCUGUCACGAAGAAAAUGGAUCGAGACACGCACUUCAUCCUGCUCGCCUUUUGCUUUGGCUGGCAAGCUCAAGACGAACCUUGCGAGCGUGUGAAAGCUGAUAUGCUCCGGGCCGCCAAGAACGAGUACAUUCGCCGCGGUUCGCCUUUGCACCACACGGCUUGGUCUGUGUCUGACAUCAGGGCUUACAUGACAGCCAGAUGGGCAGCGGCAGAUGAUGAUGAAGAUGUUGGGCCUUUUGCCAGCGAGCUCCCUGCUGCACCGGCCACGGGCGGACCAGCGCCCCUUCCCGACUGGGUCAAGGCCCACUUGGCGGAGGAGGCACAGGCGUCAGAGGAGGAGGGUGACGCGGACGACGAUGACGAUGAGCUGCCCGACUCGGGGUACUGCAUCGAGAAGCGCAAGGUGAAGGGCAAGGGCAUUGUGUGGAUUCUGCGCUUGGAUGAGCAGAGCAAGAGUGUUGAGCUGGGCCCCCCGGAGAAAGGCAAUCCGUGGGAGAUCUAUGUGGAAGAGGAGGACGACGGCCAGAAGGACUUCCUCUGGCAGGGCGAGGACGGAGGCAUGGAUGGGGAGGAGUGCUCAGAAGUGAUGGCUCAGCUCCUGCACGCUGAGAAAGAUGCCCACAUCGGCAAGCAGAAAGCGGUAGCGGCACAGGCACGCAAUAAGGCCACGGAGCCUGCGGACAAAGGACCCAGAUCGUCCACUGGGCAUCCGGGUGGGUCCACCGCCGUGCCCGAUGAUGAAUUUGGCGGCUCCAGUUCGGAGUCCCCUGGCUUCGCAGAUGCAGAGGAGAAGGACCCGCCGCCCUUGAUGCCGUUUGUCUUCACCCAGGAUGGCAAGCAAUGGCUUCUGGAUGCGAAGCAGAUGCGAGAGCUCGCUCUGCCUGGCGUGGACAAGGCCGGUGGCUCGGACGAUUGGAAAGUGGCCCAGGAAUGGGUCGGUGGCAAGAUCAACUAUGUCCUCGGCUGCGAUACCGCUGAGCGUCCACGCCAUUGUGAUGUCCUGAUGGCUGGCAGGAAGAGCAAGGACAUCACGGAUCCCGCCCGGAAGGAAGCCGCCCAGAAGCACGUGUCAACGCACGAGGAGGCUGUCAAGCGUGCGACGGUGCAGAAGCAAUUGCGUGAACAGCGUGAGUCUGAAGCUAGGGCAGCUAGGGAGCGUGCAGAGCGUGAAGCAGAAGCGGAGCGGUUGGCAGCAGUGGAGCGCGCAAAGCGUGAGAAGGCGGAGAAGGCGGAGAAAGCGGAUAAUGCGGAGACGCAGAAUCCAGCCGCUGCCGUGACGACGCAGCAGCAGUCAUUGGCGGCAUUUGUGCCGCCGGUUCCGCCCGGUUUUCCCCCAGAGCACAUGGGUCAACUCUUAAGCUCGAUGAUGACUUUCUUUGCUCAGCACCCACAGGGCCCAGGAGCUACGAUGGCAGCAGGACUUGCGACUGCAACUACAGCAGAUCAGCAGGCACGGGAGACGAAGGAGAAGGAGGAGCGUGAGGCCAAGGAAAAGGAAGAGCAGACAAAGCGUUUGGAAAAGGAGGAGGCAGAGCGUGAGGAGCACGCAAAGCGUGAGGCAAAGGAGAAGGCAGAGCGCGAGGCCCAGGAAAAGGAAGAGCAGACCAAGCGUUUGGAAAAGGAGGAGGCAAAUCGCGAGGAGCACGCAAAGCGUGAGGCAAAGGAGAAGGCAGAGCGCGAGGCCAAGGAGGCAGAGAAGGACGACAAGUGCACGGCAAAGGAGAAGGAAGAUCAGCCAAAACGUGCAAAGACCACAGCGCUGUCGCCGAGCCUGGCGGCCAACAUGUGCGACCUGGAUGCCGAUGACGACGCCCCAUAA